AUGCAUGUCAUUCUGACAGGGGCCACCGGCCUUGUUGGGUCGGGGGUUCUGGACGCCAUGAUCAAGACGAAAGACAUUAGCAAGAUCUCCAUCCUCAGCCGCCGGCCUGUCCCAAUGGUAGAUGACGCAAAAGACCCCAGAAUCAAUGUGAUCAUCCACAAGAAUUUUGAGCAGUACGACUCUGAGCUUAUCGAGAAGCUGAAAGGGGCUCAUGGCUGCGUGUGGGCUCUGGGAAUCAGCCAGACUCAAGUUGGCGCAGAGGAGUACGUGAAGAUCACAAAGACUUACGCCGUAGAAGCCGCAAAGGCGUUUAGGGGCUUGGCGUCUGAAACAGAACCCUUCAACUUCGUCUACGUGUCUGGCCUCGGAGCAACAACACAACCUGGGCGCUUUGCCGCGAUAUUCGCCCGCGUCAAAGGAGAGACUGAGUUGGCACUGGCAGUGUUGCGCAAGGAAAAUCCGAACUUCCACACGAGCUCCGCACGACCUGCCUUCGUAGAUGCUGCUUCUCACCAAGCCAUAAAACCCUAUCUGCCCAACAAGCCUCUAGUCAACAAGUUCCUGGAGCCCUUGCUCAGCCCGCUGGUGCGUCUGGGUAUUAAGAGCAUUCACAGCCCAACGGAUGCCCUUGGGAAGGUAUUGACUGAGAUGGCAAUGGGAAGACAUAAGGACCAGUUUGUGGCUGGCAACGGCAUUCAAAAGAUUGGGGACUUCCCGAUAUUGGAGAACUCGGCAUUGCGAAGACUUGUCGGUCUUUAG